AUGGACCGCCCGGAGCCUGGACUGAUCAAAUGGUCGCAGAUCCCGGGCUAUGACAGCUUUAUCCACAUCAACUUGCAGCACCGCGUCGUGCAGCUGUACGAACCGAACGGUCUCGCUCAAAGGAGCCGGUUCGACUACACCAGACUCUCGAAGCACGAUGAUUUCCCGACGCUCACCACGUACGAUUGGUCGCCCACGGUGCCGGGCCUGCUGGCCGUGGGAACCCAGACUGGCGUCGUCAACUUGCUGAGGAUGGACGAUAAUUCCAACGCCUACAUCGAGUUGGGUCUCAAGAUGACGCGAACGUGUCAGGCGGUUGCGUUCAAUACCGAGGGUCUUCUGGCGGUUGGUCUGGAUCGCGUGCGAAUGGAUCAGUGUCUUCACAUCUGGGACGUCAAUCGUAUUUCGACAAUGAAUAAGUCGACAAAGGGAUUUUCCACAGACAUGGCAGGCUUCUCGGAUCCAGCAUAUCGAUUAGAGCCAAGUGUUUCCGUGUCAAGUGUCAAGUUCUUCGAGGACAACCCCAAGACACUAGUCGUUGGAAUCAAAGCUCAAGGGUUGCGCAUCCACGAUCUUCGAGAGGCAGGCAGCGGUGUAGUCACGUUCCAGACCAAGUGCAACAACAACUUGGCCAUAGACUACGCAGACCAGAACUACUUUGCCUCUUCCGCGCUGGACCAGCCGGGUAUCAUGAUCUGGGACCGACGUGCGACAUCUCGUCCGGUUGCGUCUCACUCGUAUCUUGGAGCGGUUGACGAGGACGAGCUUCCCUGGGGCGGUGCUCUCAGACUUGACAGAGUUGUUGAUUCGGAUGACGACCCGACUUUGAGCGAGAGCAAGCACUCGAUUGUUCGCUCUCUGCGGUACUGUCGCGACCACCGCGGUCUUUUGGCCGUGUUGUCGCGUACUGGGCAGCUCAAGGUUUUGAAGACGAAUAAAGAGCUGACGUCCCGUGAUAUGGCGCUUGAAGGAAGUCCGGAGCUUCUGGAAGUACACAAAUCUUACGACCUGGACGUUCAAUACGGAGACAGCGGCAAGAAAAAUGACCGGAUUGUUUCGUUUGAUUGGGUUACACUAGAUUCACCAGUGCUGCAACCGCGACUUGUAGUAUUGCGAGCAAACGGGACGUUCGAGAUUCUGGAGCAGCCUUCAUAUACCUCUGACUAUCUCUAUAAGCUAACACCAUGGCAAGCACCGCACCGAGGCCUCGAAGAGGAUGGACCCUACCAUAGUGUAAUGGAGUUCGAGCCAUCGCAGUGCUCCGACAUGCUGGGGCCGUUGUUUGUUGAACAGGCUCUCUCUGACAUUCCCAUAUUUGGACCUGACAAAAUAGACGUCCAGUCUAUUGUUGAGAAGACAUUGCAGGCAAGGCACUCUGCGGCACACUUGAACAGCAGGCUUGUGGGCAAUGCAGAUCAGUCUCCGUCAUCUUCAGACAAAUCGAAGACCGUCGCAGAGAGGAUGCGGGCUUUGAGGUCAGAUCUCAAAGACAAGGCGAGAGAUACGGAAACAAAUGGCGCAGAGGGAUCGUCUUUGGAAGAGUCUAUCAGCUCCCUGGCCCAGCUAUCCCUAUCCAGGGAGGGGCCUGUGUCCUGUCGUCACAUGCAUGAGUCUCUACUCUCGCUUCCCCUGAAGGCUCAUAACCUGUCGACAGAAGCGCAAUACGCCGAAGAUGCUGCGCAAGAUGGAGGCAUGAAACUUUCCCCACUGGACCUGAGCUAUAUGGGUGUAUGCACAAUCUGGUGUAAUGAUCUAGGACAAAAACCGUCAUCAAGACUACCAGAAGCAUCCCCCAUGCCCGAGAUUACGCUUUGGGAGAAGUGUAUUGGCAGUAUUUGCAAGAGACGUAAACUGCCAAAGUACGAAGGGACACAUACGAAGAAACCAUUCCACCGCCAACUAUGCUUGGAUAUUUGCGAAUGGGGAGACACAGCAGCACACGAGGCGAGGGGAGCUACGCAUGAUCCCGGGCAGGAUUAUCCUACUACGACGCAUACUAUGGCGGCUGCUCGGGCUCUGUUCAAGGGCGAAACGCAAGAAGCAAUUCGGAUUCUCAGAACGGCCAGUGUCACGCACCCGGAGCUUCUCUUCGUCUCGCUCGCGCUACAGCUCAUCGGAAAGAGCGACAACAAGCUCAACAAGGAGCAACUGGACUUUGACGAAGCGGUUGCUUCGAAAACGGACCCGUAUCUCAGGGCAAUUUCGUCGCUAAUUGCUACGGGCGACUGGUUUGCGAUCGCGAACCAGAAAUCACUUCCUCUUUCGGAUCGUGCCUACGUGGCCGUGAGGAACUUUAAUGACGAUCAACUCACCAAGUGGUUGCACGAACAAGUCUCAAUGGCAGUGGAAACGGGAGAUAUCGAGGGAAUCGUCCUCACGGGCAUCACGGAUAGUCUGGUGGACAUUUUCGCCAAAUACGUCCAAAAGUUCAACGACUUCCAGACUGCGACGCUGGUCAUGUCGAUAUGCGCGCCGCGAUACAUUGACGACUACCGGUGCCUGGCCUGGAGGAAUGCAUAUCGGGCAUACCUGCAACGGCACAAGGCCUUCCUCCAACGAACCAAAUUCGAAGUCGAGAGCACGAAGAAGAGCAAGCGUGGGGGGCGUCCAACGAUCAAGCCGCCAUCACGGCAAAUUGCCUUGCGGUGCGUCUACUGUGACGCCGAGACGACUCUCGCAGGGCAAGGGGGGGCUGGCUCGGGACCACCUCCCGGGGCACCCGACUCGCGGAACCCGCUCAUGGCGACGAGCAUCAAUGCGGGAAUCAGCUGUCCCAACUGCGGGCGUCACCUUCCGCGGUGCGUCGUGUGCCUGGAGGUGGUGGGCGUUCCGAGAUCAGACCGGCCGGAGCACAACGGAGAGCCGGAAAUAUGGAUGGCGGCCAACUUCCCGACGUUCUGCCUCAAGUGCGAGCAUGUGCUUCACCUGGACCACGCCAGGAUGUGGUUUACGAGACACGUCGAGUGCCCGGUGCCAGAGUGUCGAUGCCGAUGCAACUUCAGGGCGAACCCGGAGCUGAACUACCACUAA